AUGAAUAUUUUUGUCACAAAUCAUAUGACACAAGAGUUGACACAAUUGAAGGCAUUACUCGAGACAAGAGAUGACACCGAAGAACAGCCACAAAUCUAUGCGAAGAACUCUUUCGAUCGUUUCGGUGAUGACUUGUGUGGACUCAUACUGUCUUUCUCUCCACAGAAACACAGAUAUCGUUACGAAUGUGUGUCCAAACAGUUCCAGAGGACAGUCUUCGUGAGUGUUGUGAACGUCAUUAUCAGCGAUGGAUGUUUGACGCAAAUACCGGAGAGAUAUGUCCCGCAAAUGUUGGCCACAAUUACCACAAAGUGUCCCAACAUUGAGAUCAUUGACUGCCGAAGAAUAGACACAUUCAGACGUCACGUCCCGACAAUACUGACCACAUUUCGGGACAAUUGCCAUAAUUUGCGGCACAUUUACUGCAGUCUAUUGGAGGGGAACAACAAAUGGCUGUCGGAAUACCAAUCGUUGGUCACCCGAAUCGGUUCCAUCGACAGGACGUAUAGCAGCCCUUAUGUCCAGCGCUGCCAACGAUUGACCAAAAUUGUGAUCAAAUCAUUGCGCGACGGCUUCUCUCCGAAGAGACCAAUACUGACCACGAAAUUAGAGAAAUUGUCGUUCCGUUCGUACGACGGGAUCAGUGGCGGUGAUAAUCAACUCUUCGCCGCAGUUGUGGCAAACAAUCAGUCGCUGACACGUCUGUCAGUGCACGCCAUGAAACCCGAAACCGUAGACAUUAUGACAGAGUUUGCGGACAUAGUGUCGCAAAAUGUGCCACAAUUGCGGCGAUUGUCUCUCUAUUUCGAUGUGACAGACAUUGGCUACUCAUUGGACGCCUCUUUGCGGACAAUUGGCGUGAAGUGUAAACAAUUGAAAAUAUUGUCACUCGGAUUGCGUUCAUGUUAUGGCCAAAGCGCUGUCCAGACAUUCAAUUCAUUGCAAUAUUUUUCACGAUUAAAGCGAUUGUCGUUAAAAGUCUAUGCGAUGGGCAAUGACUUCGAGUCCUAUAAACAGCAAUUUGUGGAUCCGUUGAAACACUGCCACCGAUUAACGCAUUUAAGUCUUGAAUUGUCACAAAUGAGUGGACAAUAUUUUUGGCCACGACUUCAAUACCUGUUUAUUCGUUAUUACAAACAGAAUAACACGAUUGACAACGAGUUUGUGUCUCACAUCUCAAGACUACCGGCGCUGCAAACGCUUGUCAUUCAAUGCAAUCAAGACAUUGAUUUCUCGGCCAAUGAUUUGAAUGCUGUGUUGUCUUCGAGUCCUAAACUCAAGAACAUUGAAAUCCGUAGGACACAAUUGAUGACAUCACUCGAGACCACAGAUGACGGCAAUGAAGACAAUUACAGACAACAGACACAAAUCUAUGCCAAAGACUCUUUGGAUCGUUUCGGUGAUGACUUGUUUGGACUUCUAUUGUCUUAUCUCUCACUCGAAGACAGAUUCCGAUGCGAAUGUGUGUCCAAACAGUUUCAGAGGACAGCCUUCGACAGUGUUAUCGACAUUAAUAUCAAUGACCGACUUAUGAGACAAAUACGAAGAACAACAAUAACUCAAACAAUACCAACAAUUGCCACAAAGUGUCCAAACAUUGAGACCAUUGACUGCCGAGGAAUAAACAAGUCAUAUGAUAGACAUAUACCCGAAGUGUUGGACAUAUUUCACGACAAUUGCCGGCAUUUACGGGAAAUUUACUACAAUUUGCGGCAAAAUUACUACCAAUGGAUCCCAAAGUUGGGAACACUUGUCACCAGAAUUGGCAGUAUUUCUGCCAAACACUCACUCAUUCAUUGCCACCGAUUGUCUCACUUAACGGUGGAUUCAAUUCUAAAAGUCUUUGACAACUAUUCCGGAGAACUUAUGGCAAAGAAUUUGUUGGGAUUUGAGUUUAGAUUCAGUGAUAAACACAUUAGAAACCAAUUGUUGUGGACAUUAGUGGCCGACAAUCAGUCGCUGCAAAGUGUGGCCGUAAAUGAGAUCAAAUUCAAAGCUCAAGACACUAUCACUGAACUGAUCCAACAAUUGUCACGAUUACCACAAUUGCGUGAAUUGACUCUUGAGUUCCGCGCGUUUCCAAAUCAGGACUUAUUGAGCGACUCUUUGCGGACAAUUGGCGUGAAUUGCAAACAAUUGCAACGAUUGUCACUCCGAUUGAACCCUGAGAUCACAGAAAUCAAUGUCCAAAUAUGGGAUCCGUUGAAAGUGUUUCGACGACUGAAACGAUUGAAAUUAAUAUUCACUUCACAAUUGAUGUCUCUCUGGAUUCCCGGCCGAAAAUUAACGCAUUUAUGGAUCAAAUGCUCGGAAAUGAACAGUAAUUUGUUAGUCAAUUGUCACGAACUUUGGCCACGACUUCAAUACCUGUCCAUUAAAUGCCGAUAUAUUGACGGCCAGUGUUUGGAUCACAUCUCAAGACUACGAGUUCUGCAAACACUUGUCAUUCAAUGCUAUGUAAGCAUUGAUCUCAAAGAUAAUGAUUUCUGGGAUCUGUUGUCGAGAAGUCCUAAACUCAAGAACAUUGAAAUCAUUGAAGACUUUAUCCCACAGUUUAAAUAUAUAAUAUAUAACAAUAUGGCACAACAGACGAAACACAAUAAGACAUCACUCGAGACCACAGAUGACAGCAAUGAAGACAAACCACAGAACACAACGUGUCAGCCAUUGACAAUGAUUUACGCAAAGAACUCAAUGGACAGAUUCGGCGAUGAAGUGAAUGAACUUUUGUUAUCUCAUCUCUUACUCGAAGAUCGGUUUCGAUUUGAAUGUGUGUCCAAACAGUUCCAGAGGACUGUCUUCGAGAGUGUUGUCUGCAUUGAUAUCAACGAUCAAAUCAAAAGAAGUGAAAAGGAAUCUAUCGGUAAAAUGUUGGCCACAAUUGCCAUAAAGUGUCCAAACAUUGAGAUCAUUGACUGCCGAGGAAUAGGUACCAAAUAUGAGAAACACUGGUUGUAUGCUCUCCAUCACAAAAGUCGAAUCGUAUAUGCCAUUCGAUAA